AUGGCGGGUCUCGACGCCCACACCGCAACUGAGCGCACCAUGACUUCACAACACCAUGCGCCCGCCCUCCAGGCCGAUCUGAAGCGCAAGCGAAGCCCUUCACACGACACUCUACACCAUGCGUCGGCGCCACUAGCCAAAUCUGCCAAGACGCACAACCACCUGCAGAUCAACUACCUCGCACGGCAGCUCAACGAAGACCUGCCGCUAAUCACCAACGAUGAUACUCUCCCGAACAUCUUGUCGCUGCUCGGCGACUACCAGGGCGUGCUGGACCGCCAUGAGAGUAUGGCCUGCAAUCUUGGCGCUCGACCGCUGGGUCCUAUCCUCAUAAAACGCUUUGAGAGGCUGUUCGAUGGACCCCCACGAGUUCUCAAGAGCCAUGGCAAGGAUGGAACAACUGUGACCUGGCUGGAUGUGGUCGACUUUGCGCGCAACAAGCCGGAGCAAUUCCAGCUGGGACAAAUGAGCGAAGGCGUGAGAGUUUGCCAGUUCUACACCAAACAAUGUCGCGUACAGAUAUCCGAGGAGGACUUCGUGCUUAUCUCGUCUGGUAUACCACAGAAGAUGAUCCCUCCGCAGCCCAUCAUCGAGGACGAAGAGAAGGAGCUUGGCACGAUUGAGAUACUCGAGAAGAACUUGGGUCAGAUAUGCCAAUUGGCCGACCAAGGUGAGUUUCUUCUCCCUCUGCUCAAGGGCCGCAAACAAGCCAUCCUUGACCGCCGUGCCACUGCAAGCCCAGCACCACCCAUUCGUCCUACUAGCCCCUCUAAUGUUGCCCUCAUGAACGGGGCUGGCUCUACACUCCCCAAUGCGCCACCGGCACAUUCUUCGCAAACAUCGCCCAGUGGCUUCGUCGCCGUCAAUGCGCGCCCUCAUCACGAAUCCAACGGCAAUGCUAGCCAACGCAACAGCCAGCCAUUAGAAAAGGAUGACGGCGGACCUUUCAAAACUGAGAUGGUCCACAAAAUGGAGGCCCUAGCCAAGGGUGAGCGCAUACUGCCACCAUGCGACCGAUGUCGCCGACUGCACAUGGACUGUCUGAAGAAUCUUACCGCAUGCAUGGGCUGCACCAAGAAGCACGCCAAAUGCUCCUGGAAGGAGGUCCGCGAAGGCGAACUGCGUGGUGGUUUCGCCCAUCCUCCUGCUUCCAACAGCAAUGUCCACAGCGAGACCUCCGACCACGAUAGCGGUGAUAGAGCGAGUACGGCCUCACCGAUGCUUACUCCACCGCAUCACAGUGCACACACUCCGCAAAAUGUUAUGCACCAGCCUGCCCAGCAUCAAGCAGAGCCACCAAGCCAUCGACCUCAUGCCACCAACGAGCAGCCUCCGCAGCACCACUCCCCGUAUGACUUACCACAUAAUGCAAGGAUACCGCCGUCUCGCAAUUCACCACCCGAAAGGGAUCGAGCUCGAGAAAGCAAUGUAGAGACGCAAUUGCAGGAGGCAGCAAAGUCAAGCGUUGUACACUCUAAUGGCAAUGGCAACACUAGGCUAGGCGGUUCGGAAAGCAGCAAUUCAGAGUUCCAUCAGCCUAUGGUUGCCUAG